GCCUUGCAUCGCUCCAUUCGCCAUGUAAUCCCCACUCCAUCUCUCCAUUCCUCUCUCCCUCCCCAUGGCACUAUCCCUCUCCUCCUGCUCGGCCCGGCUCCAAUGUCCUUCUGGCGUAACCCCGUUCCUGGCCCCGUUCCCGACCCCGUCUCCUUCCCUCUGGUCCGGAGAUGGGAGGACUCUGCGGGGCUGUGCCCAACCUCUCCCCGGCACCGCCCCUCGCACGGGCUCCGGCACCGGCUAGGGUUCCUGUGACUCCCGGGUUCCUGUGACUCCCCACGCCGGAUCCCGCUGUCCCCCCGGCCUUCCUCCCGGCCCCGGAAUGAAGGUUCUCCGGCACAAGAUCGAGCUGCUGACAGGGCUGCUGCUGCAGGAGAUGACCAUGGCUGAGCUGCGCUUCACGGAGGAGAAGCCUCUGUUGCGAGGCCAGGAGACUGAGCUGGAGAACUCUGAUGUCUUCCUCUCCGCUGUGGAUUCUGACUGGAAGGAACAUGACAUUGAGACCCCCUAUGGGCUGCUGCAUGUGGUCAUCCGGGGCUCACCCAAGGGGAAUCGGCCAGCUAUCCUGACAUACCAUGACGUGGGCCUCAACUACAAGCUUUGCUUCAACACAUUCUUCAACUAUGAAGACAUGCAGGAAAUCACAAAGCACUUUGUGGUGUGCCACGUGGAUGCACCAGGCCAGCAGGCAGGAGCCUCGCAGUUCCCUCAGGGGUACCAGUACCCAUCCAUGGACCAGCUGGCUGCCAUGUUACCUAGUGUGGUGCAACACUUUGGGUUCAAGUAUGUGAUUGGAAUCGGCGUUGGGGCAGGAGCCUACGUGCUGGCCAAGUUUGCGCUCAUCUUCCCUGACCUGGUUGAAGGGCUGGUCCUCAUGAACAUUGACCCCAACGGCAAGGGCUGGAUUGACUGGGCAGCUACUAAACUCUCUGGCCUCACUAGCACACUGCCAGACAAUGUCCUGUCCCACCUGUUCAGCCAGGAAGAGCUGAUGAACAACACGGAGCUGGUGCAGAGUUAUCGCCAGCAGAUCGGCAGUGUGGUGAACCAGUUCAACCUCCAGCUCUUCCUCAACAUGUACAACAGCCGCAGGGACCUGGACAUUAACCGGCCUGGGACUGUGCCCAAUGCCAAGACACUGCGCUGCCCUGUGAUGCUGGUGGUCGGAGAUAAUGCUCCUGCUGAAGAGGGGGUGGUGGAGUGUAACUCCAAGCUGGAUCCCACCAAUACCACCUUCCUGAAGAUGGCUGACUCUGGUGGGCUGCCCCAGGUCACACAGCCCGGCAAGCUGACCGAAGCCUUCAAGUACUUCCUGCAAGGCAUGGGCUACAUGCCAUCAGCCAGCAUGACCCGCCUGGCACGCUCCCGCACAGCCUCCCUUACCAGCGCCAGCUCGAUGGACGGCACCCGCCCACGUGCCUGCACCCACUCGGAGAGCACCGAGGCCAUGGGGCAGAUCAACCACACCAUGGAGGUAUCAUGCUGAGGUCCAUGCCUGCUGCCGUCGUCUCCUCCAGAGCCGUCUCCUCCAGAGCCAUCUCCUAUCUGUCAGCAUCCCACCAGCACCCACCUGCCACAUGGAUGUCUUCUAUCAGUGCCCUUGCUCCUUCGAGGCUGAUUUGUAUGUUCUUUGCUGUUGGCCUCAUCCCCUUGUCUGGUACCAAAGAAGGAGGGGGGGGGCUUUGCUUCACUGCCUUCCAGCUCUGGCUCCUGGCUUUGCCCAGCAGUUCUGUAUUAGUCCUCACCCUUCCUAGCAUCAGCUUGACCCUGACUUGGGAGGGUGGGUUGCAGGGGUAUGGAACCUGGAUGGAGGAGCAAGGGCUGUGUUCUGAGAUGGGGACAGGAUGGUGGGAGGGGGAAGGGCGGCAGCCUGUGGGCAGGGAAGCAGAAUGUGGAGAGGAUACAGGAAGUAGGUUGGUUCCCUAGGGUCAACUGGUGACUGGCCAAGCCGGAAGAAAGGCAGGGACCACAUAGCCUCACUCACUGGUAGGUCACUGGGCCCUUCCUGAGCACGCACCUACCAUUUCUCUGCUCUGACCCUCCCUGGGAAGAGCUUGCAUGGGAUCCCCCAGCACACUGAGGACUUGCUGCCUCAGAGUUGACAGCAUUGUGAAAAAUUGCACCCCAAACUGUCCCCUCACCCUUGUUGUACCCUUAGAGCACCCUGGGGCAGGGGGAAAGGGUGCCAUUGGGGCAGGAGGGUGGCAUGGAGGUGCCCUGUCUCUGCCCAUGCCCUCACCUGUGGUGGCACUUCCUUGGUCCCUUGUUGCAAGAAGGACAAACCACCACCUGCUUCCAAACCCUUGCUGAGGUGAAGUGGAGCUGUGUGCCCUGGAUUGCUUGUUCCCUGACACAAUGAUGGUUCCAUUGCCAUCUUUUGAGAUGAGACCACCAGGGCUCAGAGACCACUGGGUUUGGGCAUUGUCACAUGGCAAAUCACCCCUCUACUUCUGCCACAGCCUGGUGGUGUCACUGUGGUGGAGCCAUUAGCAAUAAGAUAAGGCAUUGUCCCUCUGGAAUGUUAGGGAGCCCUCUGCACCCUCUGCCCUACCAGGCACUGGCAGUCUGAGGUGACCCAUGGGACAUAGUGAGCACCCCAGUGCCUGGCUUUGCCCUCAGACUGGCUUUACCUACAGAGCUGGUGAAACCCACCAUGGCCACAUCCACACAUUCACAUCCCCAGGAUCUCUUAAGAGCUUGGUUCCCCCUGAGCCACGGGACCCUAUCAGGCCACUGGCUCUGGGUGGAUCCAGCCCCUGCUGCUUGGCAAAAGGAGCUGCGACAAGGCAUAACCCUGCCAUCACUACCCAACCUCUGCUGCCAUCCCCGGCCCACACUGGAGGCAGCAGUGCCCAGCUCCUCUUACACCUGGAUAAGUGAGCCCCAGGCUCUGGGUGCUCAGGUUUGUGUGGAUGGUCUGUGGGUAACCCAAGCAGGGAUCUGUAGGGGACCCACCAGCUUCUCCCGUCUGGGUGACCAGAACCAACCUGCUGGGAUAGGUCCCACCCGGUUCCGCAAAGCAUCCCCCAGACCCUGUCCCAGCAAGGGGCCCAGGGCUCUCAGCAGGUGUUGGAGGGCUUUUGGGUGCCCCACUCCACCCCUCCCAUAUUGAAUGGUCACCCUGAAACACCAGUGUCCCCAUUUGUCCACCCAUUUGUUCUGCUAUGUGCUUCCUUCUUGGUGUGACUCUGAAAGCUACGUAGCUUCUUUUUAUUGUAGAUACCACUGCAAUCUCUCAUUUUCUUAUUGUCCUUCCAGAUAAUAGAUAUUAUAAAUACCUAUACAUGUGCAUAAUAUAUAUAAGGGUUUGUCUGGUCAGUUCAUUCCCCCUUGCAUCUUUGUCCAAGCGGUGCUGUGUGGUUCCCCUGGAGGUGGUCUGGUCAUGCUCGCUUUCUGUUCCUUGCCUUGGUUUUGCUGGUCAUUUUGGUUUUCCUUGGUGUGGUUUUUUUUGUUUGUUUGUUUUCUUUUACUUUUGUUGGUUUCACCUUUUCCUGGUCACAGUGGAAUUCAAUGCAUUUUCCCGUCUGAAAGCAACCUGUGAGUUUUGUCAUAGUGGCAUCAAGGCCACAGCUCACACUAGAUAGCAAUAUGCAAACUGGAUUUAACUAACCUUUUGCUGUAGAGAGAAUUUACUGUGUUGGGAGAAAAACCAACAUGCUAAUAAAGAUGAUAAGAACCUGC